UUUAAGAAAUCCAGGUCGACGAAGGAGCAUCCGGGAACGCUAGUUGAGCGCGCGAACAAGCUCUCGUGACGUUGUUUACAAAAGUGGUAACAGCGUGAUGUGUGAAUGACCCAGUCGAAGGGAUGGAUACCGACGCCGGAGUGAGUUUAAUCAUAAUGUAUGAAGACGAGUCAGUGGAUGUUCGUUACAGAGACGGAACGCGGUUGCAGCUGUCCUCGUGCGGAAGUGAAUUUUUGCUGGAGAAACCCGCAGACCCUCGCGGACAUCCUCCACAGCCCACAGAGAGAGUACGACAGAGGACCAGGUUCACUGUCAGUGCAUACAAGGAGCUGGUUGUUGCUGCCUUAGAAUUUAGAAAUAACUAUGCAAGUCGACCGUAUCUGCCAGAAGAACUCAUCUCUGCUGACAAAAAGAAGGGGUUUUUCUUUGUGGAACAGUGUGUUCAGUGGCCUGAGAGGUCAUCCUUUCAGGCUGAGGACAGACCUGGGGGUGAGAUUGGGAUUAAGUCGGAGGAGGACCGAGCCGCGUUGAUAUUGUCACCCUCAGGUGAAACGUUCUCGGUGGAGUUCACAUGCAGCUUGAGUCGGGAUGAAAGUCAGCGUCCCGGUUUGCAGUGUUUGGACGGCACAGACAGUCAGACACAAGCCUGCAGUCUGAUCUUUAACAGUGUAGAGGAUUGCACUAAAAUGCUGAGUCAGAGUAGAGUGAGCGCAAAGUCGGAUAAGACUGGAAAAGUCACUCCUGCUCCAGAGAAGAUGUUUCAAUCCGCCACAGUUGUCCAGCAUCACUCUUGCAGUGCUUUCUCUCCCACAUGGGCCUACCCUUUGUCUUUGGUCCGCCAUCACUGGAUGUCUCAUUUUUCUGAAGACGUAGAGGCGUCAGACUCGAGCAUUUCUACAGGGACCAACAGGGAAACAUCCGAUAUGCCUUGUGAGGAAAGAAUUUCCCAACUCCCUCAGGCACUGUCUCUCACAUGUCCACUGCCUCAUUGGCACAGGUGGAAGGUGAAGGAUCCAUUGGUCAGAGGAAAGGUAUCAGACAUUCCAACAGACCUUGUGAAAAUAGUGUGGUGUCAAGGAAUUAUUUACAGGAUACUGAGUGGAACAGGCAUUGAGAUUUGCCCUGGAGAUGGAUCAGUCAUUCGUUCUACUGGCAUCAGCAAUUCUUAUUUUACCCAUCACAAAUUUGAUCUUCAGUCGAAGCAGGCAAAAAAGCUCACUUACCACUUAAACAGUCUUCCACCUGAUGUACACGGACAGAUGUACUCCGUGUGCUCUGUUGUGAAUCGUGCAAAUAGGAUCCUUGCUAUUUAUAACCAGGCCAAGCAGUUACUGAAAUUCCCUGCCUCUCCCAGCUGCCUUCAAGAGAGCAAAAAAAGUUAUGAAUCUGGAACAUUAGAAAAAAAUCCAUGCAGCUCUGUGACUGUUGAGCAACAGAUGAAUGUGACACAUGGAGCAGAUAAUCGGUCAUGUAUUGUUGCUGCAGAACUGGAGAAGAUAACGCGAUUCAAUUUCCUGCUGGAAAACAGCCGUGUGCCAAAAAGGGAGGACGAGUGUGCAGUGUUCAAAGACGCUUUUGCUGAGGUCACCUGUGAGCCUGUGAAUGACGACUGCAUUGCUGAAGCUCUUGAAAAUACCUCUAAAGCCAUUCGAGACAUCGAUGCUCUUAUGUCUGCUACAACACGGACAUACAAGGGAUCAAUCCAAGGAGAAAUGACUGAUGUGUGAUUACAGCUAUAAAAGUCAAUUUAAACUUUUGAAUGAAUGUAUAGUUUAUUGUGUUUUCAAAAAUAAAAGAUUGUGGAAAAACGGAAA